AUGCCCCCCCCAGCAUCUGAAUCCGCCCUGUUCCAGCACACUCCUGACCUGAGCGCGACCCUAAAGCGUGAAUGGGAGCCAGGAUGCCAGCCGGACGAGGUGUAUGAAGAAUACCUGCCCACCUGGAGAGCCUGGAUGCGGAACAAGCUCGUGGAUAGGCUGCGCAGGGAGAACGUGUGGAUGGAAGAGUGGCAGAGACGGGUGCGGACAGAGCGCAGGGACAAGUUCUUCUACUAUUCCGCCGUCUUUGGGACCCAUACAUUCUUCAUGAUGUUUCUGCCAAUCUUGUUCUUCUUUGGACGCCCGUGGGAGGCUCGAGGAUUGCUGUAUGUGGUGGGAACGGGAAUCUACGUGUCCUCGUAUGUCAAAGACCUGGUCUGUACUCCUCGUCCGUACAGCCCUCCCGUCAUUCGCCUCAGUAUGAGCACCCACCAUCACGAAUACGGCUUUCCGUCUUCCCACUCGACCAACUCUACCAGUAUCGCGCUCUUCUUUGGCCAAUGGCUUUUCAAUCUCCGUCAUGACGUAGGCUACCUGUCGGUGGUUGUGGGAUGGAUCCUGCUCGCCAUAUAUGCGGCAAGUGUCAUUGGCGGAAGGGUCUACACGGGCAUGCACUCUACCGCCGAUAUCAUUGGCGGCAGUAUCAUGGGCAUCGUAUGCUGGGUCUUUUGGAUCGUCGUGCGGGAGCCGUUCGACCGCUGGAUCAUGACUGGAUCUUGGACUGUGCCCGCCGUCAUCGUCCCCUUCGUCCUCGGCCUGAUCCACUUUCAUCCCGAGCCGAUGGACGACUGUCCCUGCUUUGAAGAUGCCAUUGCCGUCCUCUCUGUCAUCCUGGGGUGUAUUCUCGUCGAAUGGGUACCGCUGGGCGGUGUCGCUCCUUGGCUGCAGGCUACCGAUCCGGGAGCAUUCUAUCGAUAUGACAUUAUCACGCAAGUCCUUGUCGGCAUCGCCCGUUUGGUACUGGGUCUCGGGAUCAUGUUUACCUGGCGAUUGAUUGCCAAAGCCACGCUCUUGCGCGUACUUCCCCCCACUUUCCGAGCAUUCUCUCAUAUCCUGCAUACUCAACUCCCUACUCGACGCUUUUACACUGCCGCCACCGACUAUAAGAAUGUCCCCCGCCAGGCAUUCCGACCGAUCCCCUCUGUACUGGACCUCCAAUCCGGGACGUCAAGCCCGGCGGCCUCGUCGCCUACGCACUCGCCCCUCCUCACACCCCAGCGUGUCCCGAGUAUCAACGGAAAAGGAAGAAGCCCGUCGCCUAUGGCGCUUUCGCAAGCUAAUCUGCGACUGCGUGCGCUGAGAAGAGAGUCGGGGGGGGCUGUAGCGUCGAACGGUGAGGUGCGCGAGAAACCGCUCAAAGUGCGGACGAUGGCGCUCAAGUAUGACGCUGAAGUACUCACAAAGGUCGGGGUGUAUGGCGGCAUAGGCUUCAUGGCCUGUGGUGUCAUUCCCUACUUGUUUGAGAUCAUUGAGCAGUCGAUCUUGGGCUGA